AUGAACAAUAGUAACAGCAGUAAACAUAGAAAAGUAAACGUGGGAAUAAUUGGCGGCGGUGCAAGCGGUUUGGUUACAUUAAAAGAACUGUUGGCCGAAGGUCACCAGGGAACGGUAUUUGAAAAGUCUUCAAAUAUUGGCGGAAUAUUCAAUACCGUUUAUCAACAAGGUCAAAUGGUUAGCUCAAAUUUAGUGACAAUGUUUGGUGACUUUGUUGGUGAUGAACGGGAAUACAACGAUCUUCUCAAAAGCCCGCGUAUGUGGACAUUUAUUGAAUAUUCAAAAUAUUUGGUUGAUUAUGCCGAAAAAUUUCACCUAAUCGAACAUAUUAAGCUAAAUUCGGCAGUCAAAUCUGUGUGGAGAAGGUUGGAGGAUGGAAAAUGGAAUGUUGAAAUAAACGACGAAGCGCAAAGCAUUUACGAAUUCGAUCGUCUGGCUGUUUGUUCCGGUACACAUCAGUUGAGAUCAAUGCCAAAAUUCAAAGGUGUAACAAAGUUUCAAGGUAAAAUAAAACAUUUACAAGACGUUUGUACGUUCGAAGAGUUCCGAGAUAAACGAUGUUGUAUUGUUGGUAGUGGUGAGAGUGCUUCUGAUAUGGCAUUAGCCUCAGCUAAAUACGGUAAACAAUCAUUUUUAUCGAUUCGGCAAGAUCACGGAGUCAUUGUCAAGCGCUAUGGUACGGGCUCGUACGGGCCUGCUGAUUUGGGAACAAAUCGUGUUCGAUAUUCAAUACCGUUCAGACUGGGUCUUCUUCACGUAUCAAUAAUGCUCAUACCUAGACUUCUACUAUCUUUUGUAACACCCGCCGAUACGUUAGAAAAACGAAUAAUACGAAAACAACAUGAAAUGAAUUUUAGCCAACUUCGAACAAGUCAUUUUCGAAACACAUAUGGAACAAAAAAUGCCGGUCUCGUCGAAGCAAUACUCGAAUAUCAUUGUCAACGUAAGCCAGCUAUCAAAGAAUUGAGAGAACGAACAAUUGUAUUCGAUGAUAAUACAGAAGAAGAAUGUGAUGAAAUAGUCUGCUGUACGGGUUAUGAGAACGAAUUUUCGUUUUUGCUACACACUGGUGAUGAACUACUGAUGAAAGUGGCUAACGAUGCUCGAAUACCGCACAAUUUGUACAAGCAUUGUAUUCAUCCAGAAAUCGGUGAUCAGUUAUUUUUCAUUGGAUUUGUAAGACCGUGUUUCGGAGCCAUUCCACCAUUGGCUGAAAUGCAAGCAAGAUGGUUUGCUCUAUUGUGCUCUGAAAAAUUGUCGUUACCACCGAAGGAAACUAUGUAUCAACACAGUCAGUUGUACGUUAAGUAUUUGGAAGAAUAUUUUACACCCUAUCGAACAGAUCGUAUUGUUAAUCUGACGGAUUUUAUAUCCUAUUCGGAUGACCUCGCACGACUUCUUGGAUGCAGACCAAAUUUCGUUGAAAUGUUUUUUAAACAGCCUAAACUUUGGCUAAAAUGUCAACUAGGUCCAAUGUUGAAUGCUCAAUAUCGUCUAUGUGGCCCACACGCGAAUCGAAAACAAGCCGAAGAAAUUAUUCUUCAAUCGAAAUGGGUUUAUUAUGAUUUUUAUAUUUAUAUAGAAUUAUUUCUGUUAUUUUUUUCUUCCUUAUUCUAUCUAUUAUUUGGUAUUAAAAAAUGUAAACCAAAUAUAUGGUAUCCAAUCGUUGACGACACGAAGCACGAAGCCAAAAGAAAAUAA